AUGAAGACUGGUGUAACAUGUUCUGUUAUUUGGUUAUUUAUUCUAUUUUGCUAUAUAGAGGCGGCAUAUCGUUGUGACUACAAGUACAGCACUGGCUCCAAGGGUUGGUUCAAACAUGUCGUCAUACCAGCAACUUGGGCUGACGCACGGCUGCACUGCAUGUUGGAAGGUGCAAAACUGGCUUCUCCACUUAACGCAAAUAUCGAAGCUGACAUGAAGCACAUCAUAAAAAACUUCUUCACGGCUGAAUCAGAAAUCUUUACAGGACUUCACGCAACUUUAUCACCCGGCCACUUCUAUAGUAUCGAAGGUGUACCAUUUAGUGAAAUCCCAUUAGUUUGGGCAGAAUAUGAGCCAAAUAAUAUUGGGAAUCAUGAACAUUGUAUCACGUUCAACGGGCUUGGGGAAAUGUCGGACACAUCCUGUCAUGAGACUCGGCCUUACAUCUGCUUCCGUUCAGCCAAUCUUAAGACUGAGGCCAAUGAAUGUGGAACUAUAGAUCCUGACUACCGCUUGGAUGCAAGAACAGGCUCCUGCUAUAAGUUCCACACAGUGCCUCGUACGUUCAGUCGUGCGCACUUCGCGUGUUCUGCUGAAGGUGGUUAUCUUGCCAUAAUCAACAGUGAUGUCGAAGCUAAAGUACUAAGGGAACUCUUCGCGAAAUAUCCACAUAGAACGAUGAUAGGCAAUUUCUGGAAAGACGUUGCCUUUAUUGGUUUCCUUGACUGGGGUGAACGUGCUGACUGGAUCACCAUUCACGGUCAAACGCUAGACGAGGCAGGGUACAGCAAAUUCUCUGGUGGAGAACCAAGUAAUUCCACAGAGGGAGAAUUCUGUGGUUCCAUGUAUCGGUCCGGCUUGCUCAACGACCUUUGGUGUGAAAGGCCUGCACCAUUUAUUUGUGAAAAGAACCCAAACUACCCACCUGUUUGUCGUGCAUUACAGCACAAAUAG